AAUAAUUUAAUAAUGAAUAAACGUCAAUCGUUUCUUAUAAAAAUAUACUUAGAAGAUUGCAACGCGCGAACUACAGUAAAUCGAUUAAUAUUAUUUAUUAUUUACGAUGGAAAAUCAAAUCUUAUUUACCGAAAUAUCUGGUAACGAGAAAGAAAACAUAUACGUUAGUUCAAAAGAUCACACGUCAAUAAUUCAUUUAAAAACUGGAUCCAAAAAUAAAAAGUCGUUGUUAUCUGGAAUCUCGUCGAUUAUCAAAGACGUGUUUUUACCUCAAGGAUUUCCUGAUAGUGUUCAUCCUGAUUACAUUCCUUAUCAAAUAUGGGACACUGUACAGGCAUUUGCAAGUACCAUAAUGGGUACUCUCACGACUCAUUCGAUUAUGCAAGCAGUAGGUGUUGGAGAAUCUACUGCGACACCUUUAGCUGCAGCAAUAACUUGGAUUUUAAAAGAUGGAACUGGUAUGGUUGGGCGCAUAGUUUUUGCAUGGUGGAAUGGGUCUGACCUAGAUAGACAAUGUAAAAAAUGGAGAUUUUUUGCGGAUAUUCUUAAUGAUGUGGCAAUGGGCAUGGAAUUAUUAAUACCUUAUUUCUUAACUCAUUCAAUGGUCGUACUGUGUGCUUCCACAGCAAUGAAAUCUAUUGUUGGCGUAGCCGGUGCAGCAACCAGAGCUGCAUUAACGCAACAUCAGGCUUUACAAAACAAUUUAGCAGAUGUUUCAGCUAAAGAUGGAAGUCAAGAAACUUGUGUUAAUCUUGUUGCAUCUUUCAUUGGAAUUUUCAUACUGUCGUUUAUUUAUGAUGAACGAUAUUUAUUAGAGCUCUAUGUCUUUUUGGUAAUAGUACAUUUAUAUGCCAAUUAUUCAGCGAUUAAAGUUUUAUGGCUAAACGCAUUAAAUGAAGAUCGACUUGCAUUAUUAGUAAAAAAUUAUCUUAUUCAUGGAACUGUUCCUAAUGCAGCAGAAAUUAAUAAAAAAGAAUCUGUAUUCCUUUGGAAAAAACCUACUAAGGAUAUAUGCGGUUUUCAUAUAGAAUUAGGUGUGUCACUUUCAUAUAUUUUAAAAAGAAAUAAUCAUAAUUUAUCAAAGCAUAUAGAAGAUUUUCUAAAAGAUUUUCAACAUAAGGAAUAUUUAAUAUUUGUGGAUAAUAAGAAAAAGACUAUUUAUGUGGUAUUGAAAAAAAACAUAGAACAGUAUGAAAUAUUAAAAGCAUACUUUCAUGCUUGCCUUUGUGGUAUAUUAACAAGUAUAUCACAACAAUUUCCAAUUGAAUUAUUAUUAACAACUGAAACAUAUAGACCUUCAUUUCCCUUAAUACGUAUAUAUCUUCUUUAUAAGAAAUAUGAUUCUCUUCAAGAUCAUAAUUCUUUGUCGUCUAUGGAAAGUACCUUUUAUGAUACAGAUUCUAUUAUUGAUAAAGAAUAUCAAACUUUUGUAAAACAUUUAGAAAACAAAGAAUGGAAUUUGAAAAUUAAUCUUUUACCCAUAAAUUCAUGGAGAUGUGUAUGGAACAUUAAAAAAUCUCAAGAAUAAUUAGAAAAUCGAUUAAAAGAGAAAGAGAGAGAAUACUUUAUUUCUAGCAUUUAUAAAAAUAUGAGAUACCUUUUUUAAAUCUGUACAAUAAAGUCUUAGAAAACGUAAACUAA